AUGGUGGGGUGCCGGAUUCGGAAGAGAGGCGGCGUUGGCGGCUCUGGUGAUGUGGAGCUCGCCCCAGGGGAGAUGACGAUGCCGUCCUUGAUGCUGCUCUACGCCGACAAGGCCCUGUUCUCGGAAUCCCGUGCGCUGUGGCUCGAGAUCAUCAACAGCUCCGUCGUGCCCGGCGCGGAGGUGGUGCUACGUCUGAUGGACGCCUAUCUCCGGGCGGGGCAGUUCGACGAGCUCGCGAGGGUCGUCCGCGAGGUCGCAUCCAGGGAUUACGAAUUCUGCGCGGAGAUAUACUCCGCCGCCGUCUCCUGCUUCGGGAGCGCAGGGAAGCUGGCGAUGAUGGAGACAAUGUUGAGGGAGAUGGCCUCGAAAGGGAUCAAGAUAGACUCCCUGACGGGGAACGCCUUCGUCGAGUAUUACAGCGCCUUCGGCUCCCUGUCGGACAUGGAAACCGCGUACGGGCGGCUGAAGAGGUCGAGGCUCCUGAUAGAGAGGGGGGCGAUCAGGUCCAUGGCGCGGGCUUACAUUUCCAAGAGGAAGUUCUAUCUUCUCGGGGAGUUCCUCAGGGAUGUGGGCCUCGGUCGGCGCAACGUAGGGAACCUCCUCUGGAACCUGCUGCUGCUCUCAUACGCCGCCAACUUCAAGAUGAAGAGCUUGCAGAGGGCGUUCCUGGAGAUGGCGGAGGCGGGCUUCUCCCCCGACCUGACCACCUUCAACAUCCGGGCCCUGGCUUUCUCGAGGAUGUGCAUGGUCUGGGACCUCCACCUGAGCGUCGAGCACAUGGCGCACCAGAGGGUCCUCCCCGAUCUGGUGACCUGCGGGUGCGUGGUGGACCUGUUCCUGGAGAGGAGGCUCGGGAGGAACCUGUCUUUCGUCUUGAGGAAAAUGGACCUCAACGGGCCACCGAGAGUUUCCACAGAUCCUCUGGUGUUUGAGGUCUUCGGAAAGGGGGACUUCCACUCGAGCGCGGAGGCCCUGUUGGAGUCCAAACACCGUCGGAGAAACUGGGCCUACUCCUCGUUGAUUUCCAUGUAUCUGAAGAAACAAUACAGAAGCAACCAGGUGAUCUGGAAUUACUGA